AUGGAAGAGAAACGCUUCAAGUGUGAAGUUUGUGAUAAAGCUUUUGUAAAGUCUACCCACCUCCUGAUACAUCAGAGGAUCCACACAGGGGAGAAACCAUUCAGGUGUCAGGUCUGUCAGACAGCUUUCACCCAAUCUUCACACCUCUUGACCCACCAGAGGUUUCACACAGGAGAAAAACCAUUCACAUGUCAGGUUUGUAAUAAAUCAUUCUCGCAGUCAUCAGGUCUCCACACACACCAACGUGUUCACACAGGGGAAAAACCGUUCAUGUGCAAAGUUUGUGACAAAUCAUUCUCAGUGUCAUCUGCUCUCCGCAGGCACCAACAGAUUCACACAGGGGAAAAGCCGUUUGUGUGCAAGAUUUGUGAUAAAUCAUUCUCACGGUCAACAGGCCUCCGUGAACACCAACGCACUCACACAGGGGAGACACCAUACACUUGUGAGAUGUGUGACAAAUCAUUUUCACGGUCAGGGAACCUCCGCACACACCAACGCAAUCACACUCGGGAGAAACUGUUCAAGUGCGAGUUAGCUGAUGAGACAGGUCUGCUUUCACUGACUGAGGAACUGAACGACCAUCAGUUACAGAGGUCAACCACUUGCCAACAAAUCAGCAGCAACAACAGUCUCCAAACAGGCAACGUCACCUCAGGAGCCAGCAGACGCCAGAUGAACAACCAACAAUUCACUGGCAUGUCUUAA